AGUCCGGCGGCACCGAGCGUCUGUCGCGCGCCCAGGAAGCCCGCGAUUUGCGCCGAGGGGCGGUCGCGCUACUCGUGGCGACGGCCCCCCCCCUGUGCGCGCCGCCCCCGUCGGCGCGAAGCCCGGCGAGCAGGCCCCGGCGACGAGCGCUGACGUCCCGAAGGGCUCCGCUCCCGGCCCCGCACCGGCGCCGGCCGUGGCGGCGCGGGGCCGUGGCGGCGACAAGAAGCGAUCGUCUGAAGCGCGCCCGCAGCAGCAGCAGCAGCAGCAGCAGGAGCAGCAGCAGCAGCUGCAGGAGCAGCAGCAGCUGCAGCAGCAGCUGCAGCGGCAGGCCAAGAUGGUGCGCAGCAGCACGCCGCUGUCGGCCCGCUCGAAGGCGGCCACCACCAAGUACGUGUGGACGGGCGCCACCGCCAGACACGGCGGCCCGCUCGCCGCCACGCCGGCGUCCUGUGUUUCGCCCGGCUGGGGCCUGUCUCCCGUGACGUGGUCCCGACGGACGGACGCCGAGUCCACCGAGGUCGGUUCGGCGACGUCGUCGGCCGGCGCCGCUGUCGCCGCCGCUAUCACCGCAGCGGCGGUGACGGCGGCGGCAAGGCCGCAGAAGGGACGGCUGCCGCGAUUGACGGCCGCUCCCAAAGCCGCCUCUCCCGCCGCGAUGCGUGCCGGAACCUCCCGCUACAAGUGGAAGUCGAGCGGCGGCGACGGCGGCGGCAAUCCCUGCGGCACCGUGAGGACGCCGCCGCCGUCCGCGUCCGCCGCCUGCCCCGGCGCGGCGAUUUUGGCCCCGGCGAGGAACCGGACGAAGUUCGUGCGGCGCAGGAGCGUGCUCUACGCGACCACGGCCACGCCGCGCGUCACCGGGAAGGUGGCGCUCAGGACGAGGUACAAGCUGGUGCGGCAGCCGUGGGGCCCCGCGUCCCCACGCACGCCACGGAGCGGGCCGCACGCGCGCGGAGACUUCAUGACGCGGAGAAUGAGCGUCAUCAAGUCGCGGCCCCAGGCCGACCUGACCCUGGCGCACAGCAGCGCCGACGUGUGGUGGGGCCGGAGGUGCCUGCGACUCAUCGGCGGCGUGGCCUACAGCGUGACGGCCCAGCGGCUCGCACGAGCCGGCCACGCGCGGCCACCGUCGCAGCAGCAGCAGCAGCAGCAGCAGCGGGGCCACGGAGCGGCCUCAUCGCCCGCUAGGACCCCGUCGCCGGCUCGCUCACGAGCCAAAGGAGGCAAGACGCUGCACGUGUACGUGAACCAGGGCGGCGUGCGCUACUCGGCGAGCCACUCGGGCAAGAAGCUGCGUCGACUGCACUCACCGAGGCUGGGCGCCAACACGAUGUUCUCCGCUCGAUCGCCGGCCUCGCUCAGCCCCGGCAGCUUCUCGUUCUCGGCCAGCAGCACCGGCAGCAGCCGCGUCCUCCCCUCACGCGCGGUGCAGCGGAGCGUGCAGCUCAUCCGCCGGGCGAGGCUGUGGCGACGGCUGGAGCGUCCGCGUGACUACUGCACCUUCUACAACCGCUUCGGCCGCUGCAACCGCGGCGACGCCUGCACCUUCCUGCACGACCCCGACAAAGUGGCCGUGUGCACCCGGUUCCUGCGCGGGACUUGCAGGAAGACGGACGGGACCUGCCAGUUCUCACACAAGGUGUCCAGAGAGAAGAUGCCUGUAUGCUGCUACUACCUGCGCGGCGUGUGCAGCAGCGCCGACUGCCCCUACAGCCACGUGAAGGUGUCGCGCAAGGCCGAGGCCUGCGCAGACUUCCUCAAGGGCUACUGUCCGCUCGCCGAGAAGUGCAAGAAGCUGCACACGCUCGAGUGCCCGGAGUUCCGCCGUACGGGCAGCUGCCAGCGCGGGCAGCGGUGCCGUCUGCUCCACCGGGCGGCCGGCACGAGCAGGACGACGGCGGGGCCGGCGGCGGCGGCGAAGGUGGCGGCUGGGCAGCUGAGAGGGACGCGCGGAGCCGAGCGACCGGGACGCAGCGCCCGCACCACGGAGAGCGCCGCGUUGCAACGACGCACGGCCGCCACCACCGCCGACGCCGCCGCCGCCGGUAUCGUGACCAGUGACGACGGCGGUGACGAUGCCGCGCGGGGGAAGCCGAGGCAGCUGCCCUCGUUCAUCGCGCUCGGCGGCGAGCCGGCAGAGGCCAGCGCAACGGUGUCGCCGCGGAGGGCCGGUGCGUCACUGCACAUUAGACCGCGCCUGCCCGAAGUGAACCCCGCCGCCAAAGCCAGGAAGAGUUAAGGUCUAAACAAAUUGGUGGAGCUGCAUUGAAUUCGAGCAACAACAAAAUGUACGGGGAAGUGUGCGGAAUUUUUCGUUACGAUCACAUUCAGGUUCAGCGACCCGCGCAUGAAGGUUUCGUUUUUUUCACGACACCAACAACAACAACAACAGGUAAUUGGGGGGGGUGAUUAACAGCGAGCGUAUUAUUUGGGCAAAAGCAUUUUUUGCGGGGGCCACUGGCGAUCCUUCGGAGGGGUCCACCGGGCCGGACCGGAGCAGGCGACACCACGCGGAGGGAGUCGCCGCACAAACGCGGCGAGGCUCGACGAUACGCAAGGAAUGUAACUUUACAGCCGGUGGGUCUGUGAUGAUGGAUUCCCCCCCCCCCCCCGCCCCCCAUGCCGUGUCGGUUAAUGGUGGGGGGUAGGGGGGGCGGUUUACCAUACUUCACCACGCGGGUUCCAGGGGUGUGCGUGCGGAAUCGGUUCGGCUGCCGACGUUUUGUGGAACCGCGGUGCCACCGUCACCAACGCCCCCCCUCUCCGCCCCACCUAUGCAAACGGGAUGGAAAAAUAGAAGAAAAAUUAUAAAUGUGAUAGAUGUUAUAUUCUUGGUUCUUUCGGUAAAGUCGCGUAGAUGGGAAACAAUAAAAUAAUAAUUAUAUUUGUAUUUUAUUGUUUCCCUUCUACGUGACUUUACCGAAAGAACCAAGAAUAUGAAUCCCUGCAGUCACGAAAGCUCUAAAUCAAAAUGUGAUGGAUGUUGUUUUCCGUUUGCAUAAUUGCUUUGAGCAUCAAUACAAUUGCGCCUGUUUACCCCAGGAAAAUUUCGAUUUAAAGCUUUCGUGACUGCAAGGAUUCAUCUUCUUUGGUUCUUUCGGUAAAGUCACGUAGAAUGAGAAUAAAAUAAUAAAUUGAUAAAAUAAAAUAACACAAUAAUAUUC